AGUCUGUUAGUUUUCGGUGGUGGCCGUGAUCCUAAAAUAGCUCAGUAUUUCGUCGAAAGUCGUUUUCCAUUUUCCUGGUUUAAAAAUGUCCACUUUUUAACACGACUGCUUGGAUUUAAAGUGCACUCUGACGUCAGUGGGUGACGUGACGUAGCCAAGCUAGUGCUAGCAACAUGGCAGAUGAAGCCACUAGGAAAAUAGUUUCGGAAAUACCGCUAUUGAAAACCAAUUCUGGACCCAGAGACAAAGAGCUAUGGGUGCAGAGACUUCGAGAGGAAUAUCUGGCCCUUAUCAAAUAUGUUGAGAAUAAUAAGGCAGCCGACAACGACUGGUUCCGUCUGGAGUCCAACAAAGAGGGGACGAGGUGGUUUGGAAAAUGCUGGUUCAUCCACGAGCUUCUCAAGUAUGAAUUUGACAUGGAAUUUGAUAUUCCUGUCACAUAUCCAGCUACAGCACCUGAAGUAGCAAUUCCUGAACUAGAUGGGAAGACGGCCAAAAUGUACAGGGGUGGUAAGAUCUGCUUGACGGAUCACUUCAAACCACUUUGGGCCAGAAACGUGCCAAAAUUUGGCUUGGCUCAUCUCAUGGCCCUAGGGCUUGGACCUUGGCUUGCUGUGGAGAUACCUGACCUCAUCUCUAAGGGCUUAAUACAACACAAAGACCAGCAGAGCAGUUGAAAAGGGAUCCCACACUUUGCCUAAAAGUUAAAAGAAAAAAAAAACAGUGUUCUUAACAUGCUAGCCCCAAACCACCUAAGGGGCCGCCUUAAAGGCAUUUCCUCUUUCUGUUGACAAGGACUCGUGCAAAUGAUGUCUUCAGAUAUGCCCCCCACACAUACUGUACGGCUUACUGUGCGGUUGGUCUGAGCAUAUAAGGCUUGUAGGAGCAGUUGUGGAAUAUAAUUUGUCAUCAGUAAAGAAUCUGUGCGUCCGAUUAUGGGACCAUAAUCUAAGCACUUUUCUGUUGAAAAUGUAUAGCAUCUAUUAAUUUAUAUGUGUCAUUAUCAUCUCUAAAAUGCUGACAACAGAUUAAACAACUCACGCAGUCAUAA